AUGCCAAAUGGCGCACGAUCGGCGCAGAUCAUCAAUUCACCAAUCAAAGCUGGGAGUACGGGCAAUGUGUGCGCGCGGUCGUGGAUGUUUCGGCACCUCGUGAUCUUCCCGUUACGUCGUCGGGAGUUUAUACCUGUGUGUCGUUCUCCCCGUCAAGGCCAUCCAUCGUUACCGGAAUCUCACAGCCCAGCAUCUCUUGCCAUCAUGUUGCCGUCAGUAGCCGUGGCGUUGGUGCUGCUCGCCGCGUCCAUUCCGGCGUCGGACGCGCAAGUUCGGCCCGGCUGCAUCCGGAAGUACCAAUGCCCGCGUCGCGGCAGCAAUCAGUGCGGUCUCUACUACGUCUGCUCCGAUUCUGCGAAUCCCAAACCGCCCUACACCCUGCAGACCUGUGACACAUGCGGAUUUCGAGACAACGUUAAGGCGUAUACUGACGUUUGCAACUAUCUGACAGGCCGGUGCAACAAGAAUGUCAUUGAUGGCAAGCCUUACCGCCGAAAGUAUCUCGAGGAGCUCUUCCGUCGUCAGCUGGAGGAGGAAAAGCGGCGGGCUGAGUCAGCUGUGACGUGUCCAGUGGAUUGCGUGCGGGAGGUUCGGACUAUGGCUGAUCUGGAAGCGGAGUUGCUUACAGCGGAGCAGAAUAUGCAGCUGGUGGUUGUGGAUUUCUACAAUUCGUCAUGUGGCUCCUGUAGAUACAUUCUUCCUAAGUUCAUUGACCUCUGCAAAUCAGGCUGUCAGGGUGACUCCGAGUGUGCAGUGGAUGGAUUUGCAAUUUCAGACAACACCACACCUGAUAGGGUUACAACGGACGGUGUUACAAACAAUGUUCUUCCAGGAAACCUGGAUAAGAAUAAUGAGGUCGAUAUGAGUGUAGCAGCAGCAGCUGAAGAGAGCAAGGAUGCAGAUGCUGUUGACUCUGAAAUCGUGCGGCAGGAGUUUUCAGCCGUUCGAUUUCUCAAGCACAAUGUUCGGGACGACUAUGACGAUUUAACGGAAAUCGCCCUACUUUAUCGCAUUAAGCUGGUUCCCGCCUUUGCCUUCUUCAAGGACGGUUCAUGCAUUGGCCAGAUCGCAACAAGAGACACUUCCAGGGUGGCAGCUGCGUUGGCAAUCCUGCUAUCAGGGCAGAAGCUGUGA